AAUUCUUUCUUCAUUGCCAAGAGCUGCUUUUCACUGCCAGCUGGAAUGGCUCAGGAGCUCCAUCUCCCUGCAGGUGCCCUGAGCCCCAGUGGCCAGAGGCUGAUGCUGCCAACAGCCCUGAGGGCUCUGCCAGCCCCUCCUGCCGUGCCCAGAGCAGCUCCUGGCCCUCAGCUCCCCAGGCAGCACAAGAAACCAGCUCUGGGAGAGAUCAGUGUCAGGCUGGGCCCUGAGAGCACAGACACCACCACCCUCCCAAAGGCACAGGAAGCAGUUUGUGGCACACAUUCCUGCAGUAAAGGGAGCAUUGCACCACUGCCAUCCAGCAACUCCGUGGUUUCACCAAGGAGAUCAAGGCCAGAGUGGAGGUGUCCAGCUCAGCAGUUGCAAUCUGAGGGGCACGUUCCCCCUCAGACACAGCCCCCACAAACAGCUCAACCCUUCCAGGAUCCCUGCUUGGACAGUGCUGCUCACCAGAAAGCUCCAGGUGUUCUGGCCCUCCAGCACCUCCAUCAUUCCUCCUGGCAGAGCCCUGUGGGGUUUCUGGAACCCCCAGAAAAGCUCCUCAAAGACCACUGUGUCCCCCUGGCCACCAUCAACAGCCAAAAGACGGCACAAAUCACCUCGGACUUGGAUUUUAAAGAGAAUCCCACCAAAAGUGCCGUUUUGUCCGUGAUGAAGAAUCAGCCAGCUGUGGGAGAGACCCCAAAGGGAGCUGGGCAGGGGGGCGGCACAGGGGCUGCUGCAGGGGGGCACAGGGGGNGAGGGGCAGCGGGAGGGAGCGGGGCUCGGGCUAUUCAAGAAGACAUUCAGAAGCUUAAAAUGGAAAAAACCAACUUGAAAGGAAAUGCAGAAGCCGUGGAUAUUUGUGACCUCAGAAAAGCAGCUGACAGGCCUGAACUUGGGCUGAGAAAACAAGCUGAAAAUUAUUCCAGUGUUAUAAAUGGCCAAGAGUUAACUCUUUCUUCAGCUGGUAAUAAAGAAGUAAAUUCCAAAGAGCCCCCUAAGUGGAAUCCUGGUUCUGGAGCCUGUGAGCAGCAGCUGGUCCUGCCCCGGGUGCCGGCCCUGGCUGUGCAGAGGAGCAGCAGAGCAGCCCCACGGCAGCAGGUGGAAAUGGAUUUUAAAAUCAUGCUUGACCCAGAGAACAUGGAGAAUAAAGCUGAUUUAAAACUUCCCAGUGAUGAGACCAGACUGCCACUUAUAGCUAAGAAAAAAUCUGCUCCUGUGUGCAGUCAGAGGACAGGGAAGGAGCCCCCAGCCCCCAGCCCUUGGGCUUUGCCUGCCUUCCCCUCCCUGGGCUCUCCCCUGGCCCUGCUGGAAGAGGACACCCCAAAAGGUGCCCUGAGCCCCAGUGGCCAGAGGCUGAUGCUGCCAACAGCCCUGAGGGCUCUGCCAGCCCCUCCUGCCGUGCCCAGAGCAGCUCCUGGCCCUCAGCUCCCCAGGCAGCACAAGAAACCAGCUCUGGGAGAGAUCAGUGUCAGGCUGGGCCCUGAGAGCACAGACACCACCACCCUCCCAAAGGCACAGGAAGCAGUUUGUGGCACACAUUCCUGCAGUAAAGGGAGCAUUGCACCACUGCCAUCCAGCAACUCCGUGGUUUCACCAAGGAGAUCAAGGCCAGAGUGGAGGUGUCCAGCUCAGCAGUUGCAAUCUGAGGGGCACGUUCCCCCUCAGACACAGGUGACUGGUGGAAGGGAUCACUCAGUGAGGAUAAUGAGGGUUUUAUUUGUGGUUUUUUUUACUGUCUUCACCAGGGCUGGUUUAGGGAGGGACUGUAAAUCUCAGGAGGGUUUGAACCACAUCUAUGACCUGAAGUCCACUGAUUUUGUUUUGCUGUGCUUCCUCUUUCCCUUUAUAGGGGUGAGUGCUGUGUCCAUCAAAUCCUGGCAGGAACUUCUUAACAGCAAAUCUGACACACGGCGCAGACACCUGGAGAGUUUCUGCAGCAGGGCCAAGCAUCUGGCAGCCAACUGGAAUCGCAUCAGGACCUCCAGGAGGACUAUUAUCCAUAUCCCAUCAUUAGGUUAUUCCCAGCACAUCCGUGAGCACAUCCCUGACCUGGCUGUGCAGCAGAACCUGCAGAUGGGGAGGCUCUGUGACAUCCUGGAUGCCAACGUGGACGUCAUCUACAUCUGCCCCCUUGCUCUGAGUGAGGAGUUACUGCAGUACUACAAUAAACUCCUGGGUCUGCAGGCAGCUGUUAGAUCUGGGAGCCCUGAGGACACGGCUGACCUGCAGGACAGGUUCACAAUUCUCACCCCUGAAGCCAUAAACAGCUUCCCUGAGCACCACAUGUGCCUGGCCACGGUGCUCAAGCACAGCCCCAGGACGCUGCAGAGGCUGCAGGGGCUGCUCCAGGGCAGGGAUGCCUACAUGGUAGGGGGAGUUCCCCACCUGGAUGAGCUGGCUGUGGCUGACCAGCUGCAGGUGCCCCUGCUGGGCGAGCUAGCUUUGGUGAAGAUCUCCCAGGAGCUGCCGGGCCUUUUAGCACAGCACGUACAGCCAGUCAAUGAGAAACGAUUCCCUACAUGGGAAAAAUUCCUCCAAACAUUUCUUACUCAAGGGGGGGUGAUCGAAGCCUUUCCCUGCUCGGGCAGCGUCACCAACCUGACGGUGGAUCUGCUGAUCGAGCCCUCGGGGGAGCUGACUCUGCUGGCGUCUGGGGAGCAGCUCCACGCCGAGGGGCCCCUCAGGUCCUCUGGCACCACCAUCCCGCAGCGCUCCGUGGAUCCUGGCCUUCUCCAGGCCCUCUGCCUCAAAGUUGGCGAGGCCUGCAAGGCCAAAGGAGUGCUGGGCUACUUCUCCGUGGACUUCGUGGCUUUCACCCAUCCCCAAACGGGGCAGCAGCAGGUGUGGGCAACAGACCUUGACCUUGGCUACAGUGACCAGCUGGCCCUGAGUCAGCUGCUGGUGUACCUGACAGAUGGAAAUGUGGAUUGUGGCUCCAGCAUCCUGCAAGCACCUCUGGGAGCAAAGGAGAGCCCAAGCCAAGGGGUCCAGCACGAGGGGACAAAACCUGUAAGCAGUGAUGUGCUCCCAAACAGAGCCAUGCAUGGAGCUCCCGGUUCAUGUUCUGUUCCAGAGGAGCUGAAUCUGCUAAAAGCAAUUCAGGUUUUAAACAGCUGCUCCUGGAGUUUUCCAGGACAAGUUAAAAUGGAGCCUCAUCUUUCAUAUCUCCCUGAAGAUUUUCACCUUGUGAGAUUGAAAAUCCUCAUUAAAUUCCAGCACCAGGCAGGCACAAAUGAGAGGGCGAUUGUUUUUAAGCAUGUGAAGGGAAUCAUUGGUAAACUCAUUUGUUUGGAUAUCAUUAACAGAACAAUCGGAGAGGAUCUCCAGGGGGUCCUCCUGACCUUUGCUCGCAAUCUCUUCAUCAUCCAUCAAGAAAUAUCAGCACCUAAUAUGCAAGGCGAGACCAAUUUUAAGAUGGCAAUUCGAGAUAUUGAAGCAAUUCUAGGAGUUACAGCAGAAAACAAACUGAGAUUGGAAGAAGAGCAACCUUGGGAAGCAGAUGCUCUGAAAGAAUAGUUAACAGAAAAUGUUCAAGUGCCUCAUUCCUUAUGCUUCUGGAAAUGCUUCCUGGUCUGUAAGAACAGGUUUGGUUUUCCUUCUGAGCUGGUGUGUGAAGCAGCAUCAACUGAGACAGAAAAUCUCUGGGGCUGGGAGCAGCCUGGCAUGGUGGAAGGUGUCCCUGCCAUGGCAGGGGAGUUGGGUCUGGAGGAUUUUUAAAAUCCCUUCCAACUCAAAGUAUACCAUGGUUCUUUUGCCUGUAAAUGCUUUAAUUUAAACCCCAUUUCAUCAGUAAUCCCAGCAAUUCCUCUGCAGAGCCAUCUCUAUUGUUAUGCUGCUUUUGCUGUUAUCUAAAGACUUUUGCAGCAGUUCUUUUGUGGGCAUUUUCAAAUUAUCAAAAAGAACAGUAAUAGCACUAAUUCAUCAAUAGAAUUCUCCCUGCACUGUGAUUCCCAGAAUUCCAUCACUUUUGCAGUGUCCAUCUUUAUUUUGGACAGUGGUGACCCUUUUGGUCACAACUUCUCUGCACUGUUGUUAAAGGACAUUAUAUUUCUAAAAUCAUAUUUAUCAAUCGAAUCUUUAAUAUCCCAGACAACACAUUCCACAUUUUAGUAAGGAAGAGCAGAUCUCACUGCAUGGAGCUGUUGUCCUAGGAAUGGCAAAUAUCCUUGGGAUUAGUUCCCAAAAAGCUCAGGCCAAACCAGUUUUACCACAAAUACUAAACAAGACCAAGCAGUUGCACGAGAUCAGCACCCAGUUUUCCUGACAGCAGAUCUUUGAUCCCUCAGCAUGACACAUUAUUUUCUGUGUUUUUUCUCUUCUACUUUGAUCACAGAAUUAAUUCAUUGCUGAUGAAAACAUUUGCAUAAAUGCUGGUUACUGCUUCAAAUAAAAACCCACAGGAGUAUUUUUAACUCCUGGUUUUAUUGCUGCUUUACAUCAGCGUGGUGCUGGGUUUGGACAGCCCACAGAGACUUUGCCAAGGUGGAAUUUAGCUGCACUUGAGCUGGUUUGCAAAGGGUUAAGGCAAAGGAAGCCUUGAUCCAAGCCAGAACAACAUAAGGUCUGAGAGGCUCAUUAGUUCACUGGCACUUGAUAGACUGCAGUGUCCUGGGAGGAAAUGGAACCUGCACUUCCCUCUGCCUUUGUUCUGCCCCGACAAAAGAAAACUGUACCUGUGUUUGCAGGAAACAAGUGACCUGAAAGUUCCCGUGGUGAGAGGGAUUUCACAGCGUGUGCAAAGUGUGAAACGUAUUUUGAGGGGGGGGAAAAAGAAAGUUUUUAAUUACUACUAACACUUCUGAGCCUUGAGCUGAUGGAAGGAUUGAAAACUGCUCUGCAGUCUCUCACAGCCAGCUCCCAUGCUGCUGGUGCCAAAAAUGUGGGGUUUAGCAAUGCUGCAGAUUUAAAAUGAAAUUAUAAUGUUGUUAAAAUGUCAGGAAUAUAUUCUGCUCACCCUACUGGAUUAUUUAUUCCCACUCAUUAAAAGAGUAAUAGAGUUGUUGAACUGUAGAUUGAAUUCAGAACAUGAGCUGGAUGGGAAGAAAAACAGAACAAGUGUGAAGCAAAAGAUUAAAGGUGGCCCAAGUGUGGCUUCCCAUCAGAAACUGCCCCAAAAAAUGCCAGGUUUGGGCAAAAGCUGGAGCUGGCUCCAUCAGAAACUGCCCCAAAAAAUGCCAGGUUUGGGCAAAAGCUGGAGCUGGCUCCACAGAAACUGCCCCAAAAAAUGCCAGGUUUGGGCAGAAGCUGGAGCUGGCUCCAUCAGAAACUGCCCCAAAAAAUGCCAGGUUUGGGCAAAAGCUGGAGCUGGCAGCUCAGCUGCAGGGAGUGCAGGAAUGCCCGUGGAAGCAGGUGAGGGCCAGCAGGUUUGGCAGCAACUGCAGAGGAUGCAGACAAUUAAAAUGAAGGAUUUGUGCUCCCCAGGAGUGGGAGCUGGAAAUGGAGAUGUUUGUUUAACUGGCAGCACUUGGUGGAUUUUGUUUGAGCCAGAAUUGAGUGCAGCACAGAGCAGGUCAUUCUCCUGAAAGAGCUACCUGGAGCUGAUGAGACUGGAAACUGGGUCUCUUGUUUUAGGUAGUUGGGUUUAAAGCCCUGGGUAAAAGAAAUAAAAAAAGCUUUUAGCCCACAUUUCCACAUUUAGAAUGACAACUCUGAGCACAGAGAAAAAAAAAAAAAAAAAAGGCAGUUUAU